CACACACAUACACACACAUAUUAUAAACCUGCUACGUUAGAAGUAACUGCUUUCAGUUUUAGCGACGCCACUGUACACAGACUGCGGCAAAGAUGGAAUUUGCCUGCAGUCAUGUUGUUUGUAAUUUGAGAUCCGAUGGAGCUGCAUCCACAGGUGUUUCUGUAAUCGAGCAACAGUAUGACAACAUAGUGGCUGUUAAACAGCAAGAAGGUCCAGUUCCUCCACCGCUGCCUCCUCGUCGUACGAGGAAAUCUCGGCCUACUUCUCUGCCUCUCCCCCCUCUUCCCUCUUUCUUGUCUCCACCUACCCGUGUCUCCCCCCCUCCUCCUGUCCCACCCAGAGUUGACAAGCCGGAGGGAGAAAACAGACUAAAAGCCAAUGUCAACGUUGUCUCGCUCAGUAUUGGAAAACUGGUCAACAUCAGUGAAGCGUCAGGCUUGGAGAAUUUCCAGAGCCCAGUGAACUGUGGGAAAUGUAGUGCUGCCUUGUCAUGUCUGAGUUCUAUACAGAAGAAUGUAUGGGUGUGUGAGUUUUGUGGACAUGAAAACAGCGUAGAUGACAGAGAGAGUUUGAAGAGAGUGUGUAUUGGUCAGCGUGCAGGUGUGCGCAGUGAUGACCUUUACCUGCCGAACCAGAGCGAUGACGACUACCAGAACCUGGAGAACACACUCGUCGUGUUCUGUGUGGACAUUUCUGGCAGCAUGAGCGUCACAACAGAGGUUACAUCAAGCAGUGGAUCUCAAUCAUAUAUAUCCAGGCUAGAGGGUAUCCAGGAUGCCCUCCAGAGGGCGCUAUCAUCCCUGCUGCAGCAAUCCCCUCACAGGAGAGUGGCUCUGGUGACGUUCAAUGAUGAGGUGGUUAUAUAUGGCGAUGGUACUAGUACUCCUCUCACUCUCAGGGAUUGGGCGUUGGUUGACUAUGACCAUAUAUGGCAACAGGGUAUAGCUUACCCUAUCCCACACUGUAUAGCUGAGACCUACCAACAACUAAUACAGAGGGUCAAGGAGCUCAGGGAACAUGGGGCUACGUGUCUUGGUCCUGCAGCAUUAGCCUCGGUUGCCAUGGCAUCAAGAUACCCCGGUUCAAAGGUGAUUUUGUGUACUGACGGCAGAGCCAACAUCGGACUUGGCGAGAUGGAGCAAACUUCGUCACUAUCCUCCUCUCACCUUACUCCAUAUUUCUACAAACAGCUGGCUCUACAAGCUGUGGAGAGCGGGGUGAUAGUAUCAGUAAUGACGUUUGAAGGGACAGACUGUCGCCUGGCUGAAGUUGGGAGACUGGCAGACAGUACUGGAGGACGGGUGAACAUCGUCAGCAUCGGCACCGUGGCAACAGAGAUCCAGUCAGCUUCCAUGGACAAUGUCCUCGCAACAGGAGUCACAGCAACGCUGCUUGCUUCUGAUGGAGUGUAUUUUCCCUAUGUGGAUGAGAAUAAUCACAAACUGGUGUUAGAGAUCGGGAAUGUCACAGAGGGGCUGGAGCUCACCUUCCAGUUUGCUGUCAAGCGAGAGUUUAAUGAGGUUUUUCUCCGGAGGAACACACUUCCUUUCCAACUCCAGCUGAGCUUCAAGACCAGAGACCGACAAAGAGUCACACGUAUCAUCACUGAACAACGACCAGUUACUACCAGCAGUCGGAUAUGGGCCGGUAGCCUCAACAUGGCGGUACUUGGCGUUCACUGUGCUCAGCUCUGUGCCACUUUAACCAUGGAGGGCCGGGUGCAGGAAGCACAGAGUCAACUGAAAGUACAGCAAGACCUGCUCAAACAAAUCAGUAAGCAGAGGCCAAUCGAAAAGGAAGAGAGUAUCUAUGGCAAUUGGAUGAAUACCAUGUCAACAAUCUGUGAUGACAUCACCACAGAAUCCUCGGGUCUCUCUGAUGAAGCAGCUAAGGUGGUGUACCAGAUGAAGAGGGCGAGCAGUGUGAGCAACUACAUCAACAGCAACACAGUUGAGAGCCAGAAGAAGAAAACUAGGAAGAAAAAGGCACUUAUGGAAGGAAUGUAAAAACAAAUCAGUCUAAUCAGUCCACAAAUAUGAACACUUGAUCAUGCUGUAUUUGGCCAUAUUGGCUUACAACUUUUUUAUUGGCAGUGGAACUAGAAGAAGAUCAUUUGUCAUAGAUAUAACUAUGACUUAAAGGUUAGAGUUAUGACUACAAAAAGUGAUGACUAAAUGUGAUUUUAGUUUAAUUCUCAGUCCCUCCAGGAUUUCAGAGUUUUUUGGUAUUUUUUGCGACCAAAAA